UGACACCGGACUGAUUGAACGUGACACAAUCAGAUUGCUCUCCGCGAAACUGUAACCGUUUGGCGGAUAUCAAGUUUUCUUCAGUUCAAACAUUAUCUGUGUCGCAAACACUGUGAUUUCGGUACAUUUUUAUUUUGUUUGAGGAACUUGGUUGUUUUGCCUGUUGUUACAAUUUUUCUGGUUAUGAUGCGUUUUGUGUUUUCCUUGUUCUCGGGCACAGAUUUGUGCCUCAGCCUUUUCUAACCGGUGACGCCUGAAACGAAGUGCGAUCAAACGACUCCAGCUGUGCCCAUUGACGAAGUCCUCUGCGCCGCGACACGCAGCUGCUCGAGCUCCAGCAGGAUUUAGCGCUCAAGCCAGCCUCCUCGACGCACUGGUCUGCGCCCCGAGAACGAAGUUGUGUCCAGCGCACCGACCUUAGCCGAUUUCCGCCCGUCGUUGAUCCGACGCAGCCCAACCCUGGAUUCGAUACUUUUAAUCAAUGGACAGAGCCUCCUCAACGGCCAGCAGAGGUACAGACACGCCAUAAGCAGCCCUUACCCUCUGGCAUUAGCUCCCCCUGGUGGUUGGAGGGGGAUGGAGCGCGGUGGUGGGGAGAGCCCCCGUAUGCAGGACAGUCCUGAGCGGGAGCGACGGGGGGGCAGCCCGGACCUCAGCGGACCACCGCCAGGGAAGAUGGGGCGUCUGGAGCGCAACGGGAGCCCCACUGGGCCAUGUCUCCUACACCACAACGGCAACCCACACGGACCCCUGGGAGGUCUGAUGAUUCCAGUAUUCUGUGUGGUGGAGCAGGCAGGGCCGGACGGAGGGAUGCAGCGUGAGGAGGUGGAGAGGAGCGAGGGCCACAGGGAGGAGCAUGCUGAGUUUGUCCUGGUCAGGAAAGACAUCCUCUUCAAUCAGCUGGUGGAGACGGCCCUGCAGGCCCUGGGGUACUCCCACAGCUCUGCUGCUCAGGCCCAGGGCAUCAUCAAGGUGGGCCAUUGGAACCCUCUGCCCAUCCACUUCCUAACAGACGCUCCUGAAGCCACAGUGGCUGACAUGCUGUUGGACGUCUAUCACAUGGUCACUCUCCACAUACAACUACAGAGCUUUGCCAAGAUUGAGGAUCUUCCGUCAGAGCAGUGGAACCACGCCACGGUGAGGAACGCUCUUAAGGAGCUUCUCAAGGAGAUGAACCAAAGCACACUGGCUAAGGAGUGCCCACUGUCACAGAGUAUGAUUUCCUCGAUAGUAAACAGCUCCUACUAUGCCAAUGUCUCCACUGCCAAAUGCCAGGAGUUUGGACGCUGGUACAAGAAGUAUAAGAAAAUCAAAGGAGACUAUCAGGAGAAGAUGUGGCCAGGAAGAGAACAUUCUGAAAUCAAAGUAGAGAGAGACAGCCUGGCAGACUUCUAUGUCCUGGGCCAGCGUCCCCCUCCCCACCUGGCCAGCCUGAUCCAGCUCAGCCACCUCAGAGGGGGUGGAGGUGCUCUCCUCAAGGGUGGCUCCGGGGACCCCCCCUCCCAACCCUCCCAACAACAACAACAAUCCCAACAACAACACCCCCCCUCGCCCCAUGGCCAGCACCACAACAGCCCCCCUCUACGUGUCCAGGUCCCCCCUCCCGGCCCUCCAACCUCCCUCCAACCUCUCCUCGGCCCAGGCGGGCUUCUCUCCCCCCAGCUCAGCCCUCAGCUGGUUCGACAGCAGCUAGCCAUGGCUCACCUCAUCAACCAGCAGCUAGCUGUUAGCCGCCUGCUAGCCCACCAGCAUCCACAGGCCCUAAACCAGCAUUUCCUCAACCACCCUCCCAUCCCUCGCCAUUCCAAGGCAGGGGCCCCUGGGGACCCUGGGAGCAACCCGUCUGCUGCGGAGGUCUCCAUUGAUAUCUACCAGCACGUCAGGGAGGAACUGAAGAGGGCCAGCGUCUCACAGGCUGUGUUCGCCCGCGUGGCCUUCAACAGAACACAGGGCCUGCUGUCGGAGAUUCUGCGGAAGGAGGAGGACCCUCGCUCUGCCUCUCAGUCCCUGCUGGUCAACCUCAAAGCCAUGCAGAACUUCCUCAUCCUCCCUGAGGGCGAGAGAGACCGUAUUUACCAGGAGGAGCGUGAGCGCAGCAUCAACCCCUCUGUCGGCCUGCCCCCUACCCCUACCUCCAGCCCUGGGGGCCCCCGCCUCUCUCAGAAGGUGUGGGAGAGAGGUCUGGACGAACAGCUCACUCCUGAUGCCUGGGCUGCUAUCUGGAAAAACAAGACCAAAGCCUCCUCUGUGCCCAAGCCACCAGGCCCCAACCCAGACCUGCCCCUGAAGCUGGAGUCUCUGGUCAACAUCACGUCAGGUAUCUAUGAUGAGAUCCAGCAGGAGAUGAAGAGGGCCAAGGUGUCUCAGGCGCUGUUCGCCAAGGUGGCUGCCAACAAGAGCCAGGGCUGGCUGUGUGAGUUGCUGCGGUGGAAGGAGAACCCUAGCCCAGAGAACCGUACUCUGUGGGAGAACCUGUGUACCAUCCGGAGGUUCCUGACCCUGUCCCAGACAGAGAGGGACAUGGUGUAUGAAGAGGAGUCAAGGCACCACCACAGUGAGAGAGUCCACACUGUACUACACCUGCCCCAAGACCCACAGUUGUACUGUUUUUCUCACCAGGCGCUGCACAGGCAACUCCCACAGCCCCUGAAGCACCACUCCCCCAUGCGCGAGGACCCUGUGCCCGCCCAGGGUAACGAGGAAGGGUCACAGAACGUUGAAAGAGGUGGUGGUGGGGGUGGCUGCACGGGCGGCCCAGGAGUCGGUGGUUCCAUGGUCGUUAAGAAGCCUCGGUCGCGCACUAAGAUCUCUCUAGAAGCCCUGGGCAUCCUGCAGAGCUUCAUCCAAGACGUGGGUCUGUACCCCGACCAGGAAGCCAUCCAUACCCUGUCAGCCCAGCUGGACCUGCCCAAACACACCAUCAUCAAGUUCUUCCAGAACCAGCGCUACCAUGUCAAGCACCACGGCCGGCUGAAGGAGCUGGGGGAGGGGGCUGGUGGCGUGGACGUCAGCGAAUACAGAGACGAGGAGCUCCUCUCCAGCUCAGAAGACCCUGAGUCCAGUGAGGAUGGUCACGAGGAGAUGUACCCCACUACUGAGAGGGAAGGAGGGGAGAGAGAGAGCAACGCAGCAGGGUCAGCCUCUUCCCUGGCCCCAGCCCCAGGCCAGUCUUCAGUGACCAGUAUGGGAGCCAUGGAGGAGAGCAAGGACAAGGGGCAUUCUCAUGGUCUGGGUGGGGGCCGAGCCAGCUCCCUGCCCCCUAGUAGCUCCUCAUCCAGUCCCAGAGAACAGGCUGACUUCCAGAGAUAGAGACCCAGAGACUAGAUGAGACACUGGAAGAGAUGGGCGGAGACAUGAGAGACAGAGAGACAGAGAGACGGAGAGACAUGAGAGACAUAGAGAGA